AUGCCAGUCCCGUUGUCAGGUGCCGUUCUUCUCACUUUUGCUGUUCUGCUGGGAUCGGUGGGCUCAGAGCCACUAGAAGAGAUUGUCUCUGCAGAUCUGAGUAUACAGCACAGAGCAAGUGAAGCCACCACAUCCUCUCCGGCUUCUGACCACGAUGAGGACAAUUCACCUGGUUACACAGGUUCUCGUCUCCGUCAGGAGGACUACCCACCCCGAAUCGUGGAGCACCCGUCAGACCUGAUCGUGUCCAAGGGCGAGCCGGCCACUCUGAACUGCAAAGCCGAGGGCCGGCCAGCACCCACCGUCGAGUGGUACAAAGACAGCGAACGCGUAGAGACCGACAGGGACAACCCUCGUUCUCACCGCAUGCUGCUGCCCAGCGGCUCGCUGUUCUUCCUGCGCAUCGUACACGGGCGGCGCAGCAAACCCGACGAUGGAAGCUACGUCUGUGUGGCCAGGAACUACCUGGGAGAGGCUGUCAGCCACAAUGCAUCACUGGAAGUAGCCAUUCUGCGGGACGAUUUCAGACAGAACCCUGCUGAUGUGAUGGUGGCUGAGGGGGAACCAGCAGUGUUGGAGUGCCAGCCUCCUCGUGGCCAUCCAGAGCCCACCAUCUCCUGGAGGAAAGAUGGCUCCAACAUUAAUGAUCGAGAUGAACGAAUUACGAUCCGAGGUGGAAAGCUGAUGAUCACCAACGCCAAAAAAAGUGACGCCGGAAAGUACAUCUGCGUGGGCACUAACAUGGUGGGGGAGCGCGAGAGUGAGAUCGCUGAACUGACUGUCCUAGAGAGGCCGAGCUUCACGCGGAGGCCCACCAGCGUGGUGGUUCUGGCUGACGAGAGUGUGGAGUUUCGAUGCGAGGCCCGUGGAGACCCGUUUCCCACCGUCCGCUGGAGGAAGGAGGACGGGGAUCUGCCCAAAGGAAGGUACGAGAUCCUGGAGGACCACACCCUCAGCUUGCGGCGCGUCACUCCGGCUGAUGUGGGCUCGUACAGUUGCCUAGCCGAGAACAUGGUGGGCAAAGCCGAAGCAUCCGCCAUGCUGACGGUGCACGUGACUGGAAUUCCUCCGGCGUUUGUUGUGCGACCCCGGAACCAGGUGAUGGGUGUGGGCAGAACGGUCACAUUUCAGUGUGAGGCAACAGGUAACCCACAGCCGGCCAUUUUUUGGCAAAGAGAAGGCAGCCAGAACCUGCUGUUCUCGUACCAGCCACCGCAGCCCUCCAGCCGUUUCUCCGUCUCUCAGACGGGCGAUCUCACCAUCACGGAUGUGCAGCGCGCUGACGGUGGACUGUACAGCUGCCAAGCGCUCAACAUUGCUGGCAGCGUCAUCACCAAGGCCCUGCUGGAGGUUACAGAUGUGGUUUCCGACCGACCUCCACCAGUGAUCCGGCAAGGCCCGGAGAACCAGACGGUCGCAGUAGACGGAACAAUUUUACUGAACUGCUUGACAACAGGAACGCCUGUCCCAACGGUGCUCUGGAAGAAGGAUGGGACGCUUGUUUCUACCCAUGAUUCCCGCAUUACACAGCUGGACAACGGGGCAUUGCAGAUCCGUUUUGCCAAGGUUGGAGAUAACGGAGUGUACACCUGUGUGGCCACCAGUCCAAGCGGAGAAGCAUCAUGGAAGGCCUUCCUGGUGGUGGAAGAGUUUGGAAUGGUAGUGCAGCCUGGCAGACCCACAGAUCCAAACCUCCUCCCCAGUGCUCCCUUCAAACCCGAAGUGACCGAUGUUACUCGAACCUCCGUCACGCUGACAUGGAGACCCAACAUGAACGGAGCAACACCUACAUCGUAUGUCAUCGAGGCCUUCAGCCACGCCUCAGGAAGUAGCUGGGUGACCCUUGCUGACAACGUGAAGACGGAGUCCUUUGUGCUGAAGGGUUUAAAGCCCAGUGCAGUCUAUCUUUUCCUAGUGAGGGCAGCCAACGCCUACGGCCUAAGUGACCCCAGUCCAAUUACAGAUGCUAUACGAACUCAGGACACCCCUCCAACAAUGCAGGGCAUGGACCACCGUCAGAUCCAGAAGGAACUGGGAGAUAUGGUGGUACACCUGCAUAAUCCUACCAUCCUUUCAUCCUCCUCAGUCAGGGUGCAGUGGACGGUGGAGCAGCAGUCUCAGUUCAUUCAGGGCUACAAGGUGAUGUACCGUCCGUCGUCGGAGUCGGGCGAGCCGCGCGGUCAGUGGGGAGUGUUCGAAGUGCGCGCCUCCGGCGAGGAAGGCGCAGUGGUGCCUCAGCUCAAGAAGGGCGUGGCCUACGAGUUCAAAGUGCGCCCGUUCUUCGACGAGUUCCAGGGAGCCGACAGCGAGGUGAAGGUGGCCCGAACUCUGGAGGAAGCUCCCAGCGGAGCCCCACGUGGAGUUACUGUAACCAAGAGCGACACCAAUGGGACCGCCAUCCUGGUUGCCUGGAAACCACCUCCAGAGGAGGAGCGGAACGGAGUGGUCCAAGAAUACAAGAUUUGGUGUCUGGGUAACGAAAGCAGAUACCACGUCAACCGGACCGUGGACGGCUCCACUUUCUCCGUCAUCAUUCCCAGUCUGGCACCUGGCAUCCGCUACAGUGUAGAGGUCGCCGCCAGCAACGGGGCCGGGCCAGGGGUUAAGAGUGAUGUCACUUUCUUUCAGCUAGACUCAUCCGGCCAGGUGCUGCAGAGCAUCGAGGAUCAGGACACCUUCUCGAACAUCUCUGACGUGGUAAAGCAGCCUGCGUUUAUUGCGGGGAUCGGUGCCACCUGCUGGGUGGUGCUCAUGGUUUUCAGUGUCUGGCUCUACCGGCACCGCAAGAAGAGGAGCGGCCUGAGCAGCAGCUAUGCUGGCAUUCGCAAAGUCCCAUCAUUCACCUUCACUCCGACAGUGGCCUAUCAGAGAGGAGGAGAGGCGGUCUGCAGUGCCGGACGACCUGGCCUGCUGAACAUGGGAGAUCCAAGCAACCAGCCAUGGUUAGCUGACUCAUGGCCGAAUGCCUGUGCCAACCACAAGGACUGCAGCAUCAAUUGCUGCAAUGGAGGCAAUGGUACCAGCGACAGCAACCUGACCACCUACAGCCGCCCAGCUGAUUGCAUUGCGAACUACAACAGCCAGCUGGACAGCAAGCAGGGAGUGAUGAUCGGCUCCGACUCGCCCGUGUACACCGACGUGGACCUGUCCAACAAACUCAACGAAAUGAAGACCUUUAACAACCCCAGCAUGUGCUACAUGGGGCCGGGAGGGAGCCCACCGACACCUUAUGAGCCCACCCCUUACGCGACGACCCAGCUCAUCCAGUCAAACAUCAUGAGCAAGAACAGCGGCGUGGGACCUGGCGACUUUAACGACAAGCGCUGGAAGGCCCAGCAGCAAAAGCCACCAGAUGUACCAACACAGAUGCAGUUUAACGUCAUGGAACAAAAUAGGCUUAACAAGGAUCUUUACAGAGGGGGUGAAGUUGGUCUGCCUGCCACUAUUCCCUACAACCAGGCAAAUGAGCACAGCUCUGCAGGCUCUUAUCACAGCUCAGACCGAGCUAGCAACAGCACCUCAGGGAGUCAAAAUCAGAAAAAAGGGACUCGCACCCCAAAGUUAUCCAAGCAGAACGCAGUGAACUGGGGUGAGCCAUUGCCGCCCCCUCCUCUCAACCCCCCACCCAGCCGCAGCUCCGAGGACUAUCUGCAGCCUUUGGAUAAGAGCUUCGAUCAGAGCCGCAUGUACCUGCAUCAGGGGGAGACGGAGGAAGAAGAGGAGGAGGAAGAGCAGAAGAGUUUGGUCAGGUGCCCUACUCCACCUGUUAGAGGGACAGCCUGCUCUCCGGUGGGAAUGGCCUACAGUCAUCAGUCCGCUGUCACGCUGGCGCCCUCCUCUCAAGGAGAGAUACACGGCAACCAUGAAGAACGCAGGCGGCACGCGGCGAGCCCCCCUCUUCCGCCUCAGCCCCUCUCCCCCACGCACACCUACGGCUACAUCUCUGGCCCCCUGGCACUGGAGGAGGAAGGCGAGGAGGAGUGUGAUCAGACAGAUGGCGAGUCAGGGCAGAGGCAGUACCAGCAGCAUUCUGGCUCUCACUACCAGCCUCAGCAGAUCCAGCCGCAGGUUCAUCUCUCGCGCCGGCUGCAUCUGCACAGAGGUUUAGAGCAGACUCCGGCCUCCAGUACGGGCGACCUGGAGAGCUCCGUCACCGGCUCGAUGAUCAACGGCUGGGGUUCGGCCUCUGAGGAGGACAACGGCUCUUCGGGUCGCUCCAGCGCCAUCAGUUCCUCUGAUGGCUCCUUCUUCACCGACGCUGACUUUGCUCAGGCUGUGGCCACGGCGGCAGAAUACGCCGGCCUGCGGGUGGCGCGUUAUCCAGGGGGGCCUGAGGACAUCGGAGGAGGUGGUCAGAGAUAUCACGUUGGUCACCGUCCUGGUAGUCCAUUGUCCACGGACAGCAACAUGAGCACUGCAGCGAUGCAGAAGAAACCACAUAAAAAGCACAAGCAGCAUAUAUCCGCUCACCAGCAGCAGCAACAACCAGAGGACUACACAGAUGAUAAGUCCAUGCUCCUGAGCCCUUCCUUUGGUGUGAAGUCUCCCAGUCAUGGUUCCAGGUGUGGUUAUGAGGACAGGGGUGCUACGCUUCCCAGGAUGGGCUGUGAGGAGUCCAGAGACAGGAGAGGAAGUGCAGGGGGCUACCGGACCAGGGAGGCCUCUGCUGAGCGACGAGGAGAGCAGCGGAAAGGUGGCGGCAAAACACGUCAACCUGCAGUAGCAGAGGAUAUUCCUCCAUACAACCGACCCUCAUUCCCUACUGCGCACGCUCAGAGAGACGCUCCCAGCUCUUCCAGUUCGAUGUCUUCCCGAGGCUCUGGGGGCCGCCGGAGGGAAGACACGGGAUCAGGAGGCCGCAAAAACCCCAGCAACACAGGACUCUCCGCUAUGGGCACCUUUUCUCACCAAGAAGAGGAAACAGAGUUGCUGGACAGUUGAGGACGAGGAGGACAGUUUGGGAUGUCACAAAUGAUCCAGAUGUUCCAGACCUUCGAGAGAAAAUCUCUCUUAAUACUGUGCACCAUACACAAAUCAUACCAUCUUCGGUCAUUCACGAUUCUGUAAAUGAUCUGUACUGUCCAUACAGAAAAAAAACUGACCAAUGUGUAAUGUUUUCUUUUAUUUCUGCUUCAAUAUUUAAUCUUUCCAGUGGAAGCCAGAGAGGGAAAAUGUGAUGCUGUCGUUGAUGCUCUCGAGUUUCUUUUUGAGUAGGUGAUGCUUUGUGCGUUAAAGCCCCACUAACGGCUGCGAGCCUGUGUCCGUCGAGUCGGUACGUUCCCACGCAGUCACGUUAGCUGCCUAAUCUGCUGGUGUGAGCGUAAUAGAAACUGUGCGUGGGAGCAGCGGACCAUCACCGGCACAAAAGAAGCGCUCCUCGCUCAUACUGUGAUACAGCGCUUCAGUAUGGUCUUCCCUGUCUGCGCUCGAAACCUCAUUCCUGCAGAUAAAAAAAACUGGGCAUGAGGGUAGUCACUAUUGUAAAUUUACCAAAUCGUUAAAAUGUGCUGCCGUUGUUUUCUUUUUUAUAUAUAAUGCACUGUUGACAUUUUGUUAUUGAUGUUGUUAUUGUUAAUGUAUGUUAUUUUUUGUCUUUGGUUUUAAAAGCACAAUCAUUAAGCAUUUAUGUUAAACCAGUUGUAGCUAUGAAGCGUUCCGAAUUAUAAGGAGCGAAAUACGUGGCGUCUCAUCAAGCGUCGUGUUUGAGAUUGGACGGGACAAAUAAGAAAGCCGGUGUGCUUUUAUUUUUGCAAAUGAAUUCGAUGGAAAUGAGACGAUCUGCUUCAUCCGCUGAAGGUCUCACGCAAGCUUGGUAAUCGAGUUACCUGAAUCAAGACAGACUGUGCAGUAGCAAUCCGUCAUCUCGUUAUUAACGAUGAAACGUUACAUUUGAUAAGACAAAUGCACUUAAAUGACGGGAAAACAAGAAAACGUGCAAUGGCCAAUAUCUUUUGAUUUAAAAUGCUGAGAUAAAGAGAGUCCCUUCCGUUCAGUCUUGAGGAGAGAUUGUUCCAAAAAAUGAUGUACACUGCUGUUGUAUUAUGAAUAAGAAUGUCGGCCACUACCAAACAAGUUUCUGGACGUUGAUCUGUCCCGCUGUGGACCUGCCUGUACUGUAUAGAAAUAACAUGGACUUUUUUUGUUAAGGGAUAAAAAACCUGAUACCAGGGUUUCCUAUGGUAUGGUAGUGCAGAGCACCACUGGGCUCAGCCAGCACAUAGCUGCUUUUAUGUCUAUGGUUUGAAUCCAUACUAUUGCAGUAAGAGUUUUUUUCUCUUCUUUUCAGCUGAUGAACAAUGUGUGUGAGAAUAUGUUCUUUAAAAAGAAUCUUGUGCUGUCCAUCAUUUAGUGUUUACUAUGUUAAGAAAAAAAAGUACAACUGCUUUAAAUUGUCAGCCAUAACUUUUCAUGACUGAUAAUCUCACAUUUAGAGUUAAAAUAAAAAAGUGUCAUUUCUCACCUUAUUUAUUAUUAAAA